AUGCCGGCAAGAGCGUCAACAACACGCUCCACCCGGCCUUCCUCUGCGGGUGGCCGCAAACGCUCGAAUUCGGCGUUGAGCGGGCGAAUUCCCUCCAUUUCCCGUGUCUUGCCUAACCCCGCCGCCGAGUUCGUCGACACACCAGACAACGACUUGAGGCUAAAAAUCAGUCUCAUCUUCCGCGAUGCGCAGCGCAACACUGCGACGCACCGAAAGCUGGCCGUCACGCUCCGAAAGAUCCACGAGGCAUGCUGCUAUGAGACAGCUGACCAAAAGAUAACUUCUGAUAGCGACUUUGACGAGAAGGCCUUCAAUGCCGAGUUUAUUCGAUCCGUGCUCAAGGUCAUGCCAGUCAAGAAAAGCGAAAGCGUGGGCGAAAAGUCUAUUCGUUUCAUUAGCUUCUACCUGCGACACUCCAGUGACAAAGAUAAUGAGCUGCUGGGCGACCUGGCCGACGACGCUAUCCAUAUGCCAGAAACGCCAAGCGCAAGAUUGAUCUCGGAGCUGGUGGACGCUGUCUCUCCUCUAAUGAUUGCAAAAGACAAAUUUGUCCGCUACAGAUCAGCCCAGCUGCUAUCGCAGAUCGUCAACUCACUCGAUGCGCUUGAUGAUGACCUAUUCCAAUCACUCCGCCAUGCGCUCUUAAAAAGAAUUCGCGACAAGGAGGCCAUGGUUCGUGUUCAGGCCGUUCUUGGGCUUGGUCGCCUCGCUGGCAACCAAUCCGACAGCCUCACAAACUCAGAUGACAGUGAUGCAGACACAGAGUUGGGCUUGCUGGAGAAGCUUCUCCAGGUACUGCAAAAUGAUCCGAGUGCUGAUGUUCGCCGCUCACUACUUGUCAAUCUUCCCAUUCUCCCAAAUACUCUUCCAUACCUUCUCGAGCGUGCCAGGGAUCAAGAUGCUGCGACCCGUAGAGCUGUCUACUCGCGCUUACUUCCGGCUCUCGGCGAUUUUCGCCAUUUGUCUCUCUCCAUGCGAGAAAAGCUUUUGCGUUGGGGUCUUCGCGAUAGAGACGAAAACGUCCGCAAAGCUGCUGGAAGGCUCUUCAGAGACCGAUGGAUUGAGGACUGUGCGGGAACCGCCCAGCAAGAGAACCCAACCCCCAGCUUUGAUGCACUGCUCGAGCUCCUUGAGCGAGUCGAUGUGAUCAAUUCCGGAGUGGAAAAUGGAGUUGCACUGGAGGCAAUGUCCGGCUUCUGGGAAGGUCGACCCGAUUAUCGGGAGGCCAUCAACUUUGACGACACAUUCUGGGAAACCCUCACCGCGGAAUCUGCCUUUCUUGCUCGCAGCUUCAAUGACUUUUGUCGAAGGGAGGGCGAUGGAAAAUACGAAUCGCUGGCCGAUGAGAAGCUUCCCGAAGUUACCAAGGUCGCUUACUUUCUUGAACGCUAUCUCAACGCAUUGAUAGAGACACUGCGCCGAGCAGAGCAAGAUGCUACUGAUGAGGAAGUUGAAACCGCAACCGUGGAGCAAGAGUUUAUUGCCGAGCAGCUACUUCACAUUGCGCUGACUCUUGACUACUCUGACGAAGUAGGUCGACGUAAAAUGUUCACAUUGCUCCGUCAAGCCUUAUCUAUACCCGAGCUUCCUGACGAGGUGACGAAACUUACUAUCGAAAUUCUACACCACAUUUGCUCUCCUGAUACCGCAGGCGAGCGCGAGUUCUGCAGUAUCGUUCUUGAAUCAGUUGCCGAUGUCCACGACACAAUUUUGGAUGAUCUUCCCACCGACGAUGUGGACGAUAGCUUCCAUUCCGCGCGGUCCGAGGUCAGUGGCUUGAGCAUGUCAUCUGGUAGCAAGGGCCGUGGCAAGGAGCUGAGCGAGGAAGAUGCACGUGCUAAGGCGGUUAAGGAGAUUGUCAUCAACAUGAAGUGUCUGCACAUCGUUCAAUGCAUGCUGAGCCACAUUUCAGGCAAUCUUAAGGACAAUGCUGACCUGGUCUCCAUGCUUAACAACUUGGUCGUUCCGGCGGUGCGAAGCCACGAGGCACCUGUCCGUGAACGUGGCCUGGUCUGCCUGGGCCUCUGUGCCCUGCAGGAUCGCUCUCUAGCUGAGGAGAAUUUGAGCCUGUUCAUCCACUUCUUUAGUAAGGGACACUCAGCGCUUCAAGUCACCUCAUUGCAUAUUCUUACCGAUAUCCUUAACGUGCACGGAGCGCACUUAUUCUCCUCCACACCAGCACUCCUAAAGGUAUAUGUCAAAGCUGUGAAGAGCGGUUCAAGGGCACCAGAGGUGCAAGCCGCGGCUGUCAUGGCAGUUUCCAAGCUUCUGCUCGGCCGUGUGGUUAGCGAUGAAGAGGCAUGCCAGGAGCUCCUGAAAUCGCUGGUCGUCGCCUAUUUUGACCCGUCCUCGGCUGGAAACCAGACGGUCCGUCAAGCUCUAAAUUACUUUUUACCUGUCUUCUGCUAUUCCAGAGUGACGAACCAGGAGCUGAUGCGCAGCAUUGCCCUUCCCGCGCUCCACACCCUGCUGAACGUUCGUGAGGGCCUAGAGGACGAUGAUGAGGCGGACAUUGAGGAAGAUAUGGUGGGCAUGCCGGCCAUCGGUGCAUGCCUUGUCGACUGGACAGACCCUCGCAAGGUCUACAGCCCUACUAGUCUGCUUGAAGCAGAGAAAAAGAGUAUCAACGGCGAUGUUCACCUCGAGCUGGCCCUUGACAUCAUGGAUAGAUUACACAGCAACGUUACCAAGGAAGAGAAGAAGCUUGUUGCCGGCCUUCUUAGCAAGAUAUACAUUUCAUCCGGCUCGUCCGAGGACAAAUUACGGGAAACGUACGAAGAGGUCUGCAUCGCAGUCGAAGAGGCUGUCGUGACGGACGCACCUAGCAGGAAUGCACUAUACAAGAUACAUGUCAGCUUGGGCAAGAUUGUCAAUGCGCUUGACGAGCAACAGCCCCAGCGCAACAGCCGCAGUGCCUCCGCCAUAUCGGAGCAGCGACUCUCUGGGGGCAAGGCCGUCUCGGAAGAGCCCGUCAUUAAAGAAGAGGAUGAGGAUAGCGACAAUACGGUCAUUGCCAAGAGUAUCCGAGAUACGCCGCCCCAUGCUGAGUCCUUUGACAGAGACAGAGAAGAGUAA